GCUCCGACUCAGCACACACAGCAACCAUCUCUCUGACUCGGGCCCUCUUUCACUGCAGCCCUUAUUGAUACAAGUUGCUUCGCGGCACGUUCGCUCUUUCUUGCCCGAACAAAAAACACACGCACACCUCCGUUGCCUGCUGCGAUGGAUCCGACUUAAUUGGCCGUGCAGACAAUUAAGUAUUGCUGGCAUGUGUUUUUCCUGCAGUGAUCGUUCCGCUCUUAAGAUUCAUCGACAGGGGUGGGUGGCCGGCCCGCCCCAGGGUGCAAAAACACUCGUCGUCUAAACUAUUGCUUGUUAGUUGUCGAACUCUAAAUAGUCUAAUCAACCCUCGUUGUUUUAAACGGACAGUGUAGAAUUCUUUCUAGUCAUUUAUCAGUGUUAUCAAGAGUUGUAGUUCAUCGUGAAUCUCAGUGGCGCAUUGUAUUAAUUGUUGCAUGUGAAAACUCUGAUCUCGGGACCAAACAGAAGAGAUUCGUUAUCGCGUGUAUAAUUGGAAGAAUUUAAUUACUCCGCACCGCCGUCGAAGAAGAGAAUACCGAACUUUUCUUCAAAGAACUGUGCACCCUUAUUGAAACCGUUAAGUGUAAUGGAAUCCGCCUCGUUGUAAGAUCCUUCGAUGUCUCCUUCAUCUCUACACGUAACCAUGGAUGUCGCACCUCACAGCAGCAAUUCCAAAAUGUUAUUCGUAGCCGGACUUUUAGGACUUCUGAUCGUUUUGUGUCAACCAGCCAAAGGGCUGCUGCAGCCAGAGAACAGCAUCGAAUACACAGUGGAGGAAUUGAACCACGGCAACGAUAGCUCAUACCCAUAUUUCGACUUCAACGUGCCGAGAAAUGUGACAACCGCCGUCGGACAGACCGCAUUUUUGCACUGCCGAGUUGAGCAACUGGGCGACAAAGCGGUGUCAUGGAUCCGCAAACGUGACUUGCACAUCCUGACUGCAGGCAUUUACACGUACACGAGCGACGCCCGCUUUCAGGUCAUGAGACCGGAAAGAUCGGAAAAUUGGACCCUGCAAGUCAAGUUUCCGCAACAAAGAGACGCCGGCAUCUACGAAUGCCAAGUCAACACAGAACCGAAGCUCAGCUUGGCUUUUAGGCUCAACGUAAUUGAGGCCAAGGCUCGGAUUCUGGGCCCGGCAGACCUGUACGUCAAGACAGGUAGCACCAUCAGUUUGUCGUGCUUGAUCAGCCAAGGACCACAUGACUUAGGCACCGUGUUCUGGUACCACGGGGCCACCAUCGUCGACUACGAUUCUCCUCGAGGCGGCGUCAAGAUUGAGACCGAGUGGACGGACGCGUUGACCAGCCGCCUCAGGAUCACCAACGCCCGCAUCACCGACUCUGGCAAUUACACAUGCAUCCCCACGAUUGCGGCGCCCGCAAGCGUCAUGGUUCAUGUCAUUAAUGGUGAGCACCCAGCAGCCAUGCAGCACGGAAACAAGAAUCACUCAAACGGACUUUUGAACAACCUAUCACUCCUUCUUGUACAUAGUUUUACAGUUUUCUUAAUAAAAUGGUUGAGAUGAGAGUGAACAUUUUACAU